AACCAACUUGCCACUAAGCACAGGGUGCCGUGUGCAUGGGACAGGAUGCUUUCAUGGAGCCUCUCAGCAGCACGGUUGGGAUCUUUCUUUGCAAAAUAUACUUUCUUCUUAUAGCAGGUGUUUGUUCGGGGCUGAAGGUGACCGUGCCUUCACACACUGUCCAUGGCAUCAGGGGACAGGCCCUCUACCUCCCCGUGCACUAUGGCUUCCACAUUCCAGCAUCUGACAUCCAGAUCAUUUGGCUGUUUGAGAGGCCACACACAAUGCCCAAAUACUUGCUGGGCUCUGUGAACAAGUCUGUCGUUCCCGACUUGGAAUACCAACACAAGUUCACCAUGAUGCCACCCAACGCAUCUCUCCUGAUCAGUCCGCUGCAGUUCGCUGAUGAGGGCAAUUACAUUGUGAAGGUCAACAUUCAGGGAAAUGGAACUCUGUCCUCAAGUCAGAAGAUACAAGUCACCGUUGAUGAUCCCGUCAUGAAGCCAGUGGUUCAGUCACAUCCUGAUUCUGGGGCUGUGGAAUAUGUGGGCAACAUUACCUUGAUCUGCCAGGUGAAAGGGGGUACCAGGCUAGUUUACCAGUGGCGAAAAAAUGGGAAACCUGUUUGCAUCAACUCCAGCCACUCAUUUUCUCCCCAAAACAACACCCUUUGGAUUGUUCCAGUGACAAAGGAGGACAUUGGAAACUAUAGCUGCCUUGUGUCCAACCCUGUCAGUGAGAUGGAAAGUGACGUCAUUAUGCCUACCAUAUACUAUGGACCUUACGGACUUCAAGUUAAUUCUGAUAAAGGGCAAAAGUUGGGAGAAGUGUUCACUGUUGACCUAGGUGAAGCCAUCCUAUUUGAUUGUUCUGCUGAUUCUUAUCCCCCCAACACCUACUCCUGGAUCCAAAGAUCUGACAAUACAACAUAUGUCAUUAAACAUGGGCCUCGUCUAGAAGUCACGUCUGAGAAAGUGGCCCAGAAGACUGCUGACUACGUGUGUUGUGCUUACAACAACAUGACGGGAAGGCGAGAUGAAGCUCGCUUUACUGUCGUCAUCACUUCUGUAGGACUGGAGAAGCUCGCACAAAAAGGAAAGUCACUGUCCCCAUUAGCAAGUAUAACUGGAAUAUCACUGUUUUUGAUUAUAUCCAUGUGUCUUCUUUUUCUGUGGAAAAAAUACCAACCUUACAAAGCUAUAAGGCAGAAGCUAGAAGGCCGACCAGAGUCAGAAUACAGAAAAGCUCAAACUUUUUCAGGCCACGAAGAUGCUCUGGGUGACUUCGGAAUAUACGAAUUUGUGGCUUUUCCAGAUGCGUCUGGUAUUCCCAGGAUGCCAAAUAGGUCCGGCCCAGCCUCUGAUGGUGUGACAGGGCCAGAUUUUCAUGGCACCGUUUAUGAGGUUAUUCAGCACAUCCCUGCUCAACAGCAAGAAAACCCACAGUGAGAUUCUACGGCACAACGGUGUAUUGGAGUGAAAUAAUGAAGGAACAUUUUGAGAGAAAACAUCUGGAAUCUGUGAAGAAAUAAAACCCCAGCACCCCUCAGUCACACUUUUAAAUGCAGAGUAGAGACACCUGUGCCAACUGAAUGGUAGGUUUUCUGACACACACGCAAAGGGCUGUGUGACAGAGGAAUGUGGACACUGCUUAUCAGCCAGACUGGGAGGAAAAAGACAAUGAAACUUCCCAGGUGCUCUGUAUGUGAAGGCUUUCAGACAUCCCAGUCGCGUUCACCUAUGCUCCACACUGAUACUGCCCUGUGCCACCAGGAACUAGGAGACUUUAUCUUGUAAAUGUCAUGAUAAGCUUUGUUUUGUUAAAUGUUCGUUACUAUUAUGAUAGCCAAACACCAUUUUUGUCCCAAAUUGAUUCCUUGCUAUUUGUGUCAAAAAAAAAUUAAGGAUGCUUAACACAAAGGUAAGCCUAUGCCUUCUCCCUAGUUGGCAAUGAACUUAGUUAUCAUUGCUGUUUCUGAAAGGACAGGCAAAAUGUUUAAGGAAAAGGCUUGGUAGAAUCUCAUUUUCAUUUUUGUUCAAAGAAGGAAUAAACUGAAGUAAAUUAUUCUGCUUUGGUUUUACAUGACCUUGAUUAUUUAGAUUGUAAGGUCCUACUUUAUAGUCAGAUAAGAGUACAGAUUUUUUAUUCUUAUUUACCAUUGUACAAAUAAAAUGGACAUUGUGGAAAAUUAUUAAAAAUCAAACCCUAUUCUCUCAUGGUUGUCUACUUUAUGCAGAAAAAACAUUCUAAUAGAAAAUCUUUUUAAAACAUUAGAAGUGAACACCUAUACCUACCCCGUCCUAUAUUUUCAUGAAGGCAGAUGGUGAAAGUAAGACGAAAACUGAAUCUCACAGUUCCUUUCUGUCUUCUAGCCCUGCAACAUUUACAGGUCUUUCUGAUGAAAAAGUUAGUCCUUGCUACCACAAAUACUUUCUUUUGUACUUAGUAAAAACAUGAAUUAUUCUAUCUGAUUAGAAAAUGAAUGCAUGGUCACCAAACAUAAGCAUACAGCUGGUUAUGGAGAAAUUAAAGUCCCUGUCUUACCUUCCAGAAACAACUUCUCAGAACUACCCUGAAUUAUUCAUAUGUGUAUCAUAUUCCUCCAAGCCCCAGAAAAGGUUUCUAAUAGUUCAUAUAAAUGCGCAGGUUACAAGGUCAACUGUAACUCAGAAAAUAAUGCUGUAAAGAAAAGCAGAGGAGCGAUGAGAUGCAAAGUAAAAGCAGAAGUGAGGCUAUAACCGGUUCAUUGAAUUUCCCUUUCCCUGAGGAUUGUCAAGAGACAAACGCAGGCGUGCCUCACAAUGGCAUUCUCAGCUGGCAGUCGCAUAGCCAGCUUAGCUCUUGCCACCUCUGCCCCACCCCCUCCUCAGUCUCCUGCUCCCUCUUCCUGGCGUGUGUGUGUGUAAAGGUGGUGGGUUUCUGUUAUCUGCUGAAACAUCUCCCAGUGGGAGAGCAGACUGUGAGUUCUGUGUGUUUCUGGCUUCCUCUUUCUAAAUCCUGAACAUUUUAAUCCACAGAAAAUCUUAAACAGCUUUCUUGUAAUGCAUACACAUGAUAUCCAAAUCAAAUCUUUUUUUCAUAAGUGUGCACCAAGAAAAUGUGUUUACUAAUUCUGAAGUUAGCUUGUUUGUUCAUCUUUUGACAUUUUCUGACCCAAACCAAAUAAUACUUUUUUCAAACUCUCUUUCCAGUCACUUGUAAUUCUCAUUUCUGUAUCUCUCUCACACAUACACACAAGCAGACAGAAUCCCUUAGUGCCUGGUUCCACUCAAAGCAGCAACAAGGAACUGCUGAAGGGAGAAAUGGGAAAAGAUCUCGAAUUCAAUUAACUUUUGCCUUCACUGGUGUGGAACGCCCAACGACAACUUGCUGCUUUUUUAGUAAAUGGGGAUAAAAAUCUCAUAAAUUAAUCAAGGUUUUCAAGGGAAGUGAUGAGCCAAAAUCCAGAUGUUCAUGUAAUUAACAAAUUAAUCUUUAAAAAACAGUCAAAAGUUCUCCUCUUAUUACUAAACACAAUCUUAACUCUUUCUGAAUUUUAGCUAAUGUUACCACUGAUCAUUUGGAAGAGUCCUGACCUCAGUGCUUACUGUUUUUCAAAUGGCACUUUCUAGGAGUGGAUUCCAAGCAAAAAAAAGUAGAAAUAUAUGAAAUAAAGUUUUCUGUUUGUAUUUCCAUGUGAAUAAGGCAGUUUCAAUUAAAUUGGCACAGUCUCAGAAAUCAGAUCCACAUGAACCUUCAAUCCAGAUGACAUCACUUCAAAAGUUUUGUUACAAUAAUAAAAUUUGAAUAAUAACAGUAAAUACUGGACAAGGGAGUAGCUAUUUUUACUGUGUUUCUCUAAGUUUCUUUUUAAGAAAGUCCUUGUUUUCUGCUUCUACAUUAUUGUACAUAAUCAUGUUUAUUCGUGUCAUUCUUUUUGUUCACCUAUAGGUGACAUUCAAACAUGCAUAAAUAUGUUUUAGUUUCAUGAGGUAAUAAGAAAGCAAAGGCAAAGACACAGGAAUUAGCUGUGGAUUUGACUAUUAUCCAUCUUCUCAUAUUAUAAUGCACUGUGUAUUGUGACUACAAUGUUAGCCUUGAUUUUUUUUCUUUUUUUCUUUUAUUUUAGCCCUGUGCUGGGAAUAACAUCCAGACCUUGUACAUGCUAGGGAAAUGCUCUGUCACUCAACCUCAAUCCCUUAACCUUGAUAUCCCUAAGCACUUUUGCAGACAUAAUGUCCUUGCUCUUCAAACCUGUGGACUAAAGUAUGUUCACUUUACAGUGAAAGAAACUGAGACUGAGGAGUUCAGUGAUUCCCCAAUGACAAUGAGUGACAGAGCUGAUCUUGUAACUCUCUGUCUGGCUCCCAGCCUGGGGCAACAGCCUUUUUCCAAGGCACCACAUGUUUCUCUGGACGUGGCAUCCACAAGCAGAGCACAAAGCAAUUUAUCUUCUGCCAGCCUUGCCUUAAGAACUGUAUUAGCUUGCAAUCAAAUUGGGUUUCUGGGAAACAGUUUACUCUCUUGUUUAUUUGUUUAUGUCUAAGAACUUUCACAUUUCAAUAUGUUCCCAGGAAAGAUGACAGCCCAAGUGCUUUCCUUUGACAGAGGGUAAACUGAUAGAUUGUUUUCAUGCCUGAGAAAAUUUCCAGCAGAGCUCUUCUCACAUUUAACGUAAAUAAUUGUCUCAGGAGCUGGAGCUUCAGCGGCCCACUGCAGGCCUGCCCUUCUGAGAGCUGGCUGUGGCCUCUUUUCUGACAUACACAUUUUAGAACCCACACACUAAGUACCUUUUGAACUUCACUGAGCUGAAUUGCAUGCCAUCUCUUCUGUAUGUUUAAUAAAAAUGUCAUCUGUAUGAGACAGAUAAAUUACCUUGUUUCCAAAAGCCAAGCUCCUUUGACUCCCAAGGUCACUUAAUAAUAGUGAGAGCUGUUUUUUUCUUAGAGUUCACCAAGACCCUAUUCAAGUUGUUUGUUCUUUAAGUGGAAUUUUGAAAGUGUUAUUGCAUCUAUAUAUGUCAUUUUCAUUACUUACAAAAUAACUUUUACUGCUUUGGAGGAUACAGAUUGCUGGUCACCAGGCAUUUUAUGGAUAGUAAAACUGAGACUCGGAUACACUGGGCCUCAGUUUUGCUCUCAAAACACGCAGGAAAUAAGUUAAAAGGUCUCCCCCUUGCUUGAAUUUAUCAUACUGUGAGCUGGGGUCAUGAUUCACUGGUAUAAUACCGACUGGGUAUGUGAAAAACCCUGCACGGCACCAGCAGGAACAGUAGCUUUCCCUCGCAGUGAACUGGUCAUUUCGAGGGCUCCAAGUGACCAUGUGCUUUCUUUUGCUCUCAUUGCCAUCUAUUGAAGUCCUUGCCACCUUACUGCAAUUGUACUGUAAAUCAGUGACAUAAAGAGUUCAUUACAAUGCUGUGCUCUAAAUAUGGCUAUAAGACUAUGUAAGAAUAGCAAGAUAAUCAGGAAACUUUCUCAUGCAUGAUAUCACAGUUAAAGAAGAGUCAAUCGGCUUUAGAGCAUGUGACAUGAAGCACUGUUUGUCAUAUAUGAUGAGAAAAUAUUCCAGGCAGAUAUGCAAUGCAAGGAACAUGUGGAAAGGUAUUUGGAAAAUAAGUCUGGUAAGAAAUGUAAUCUUAAUUAUAUUGAUAAUAUUCUGUUAACUAUUUUCCAUGUGUCAAAAGAAAGAGAAAGAUCAACUAUGGUUCACUCUUUAUCUUCUAAAAACUUAAAAUCAAUCAUAGAAAUAGCAGGGUGUUUGAUAGUAAUACCAGGAAUAAUAAACAUACAACAUGGCAUACUAACUACGAAAGAAUAACAUAGAACACACCAUGGAAACUUCUAUGAGUGCCUCAGAUAGAGUCCAGAAGAUUCAAACAUGGAGUCCUGAAGAAAGUUUAGCGGAAUCUCCAAGGACCAAGAAUCAGCCAGGUGAGGAUUUGUGAGGGAAGCUUUGAAGGAAAGAGAACUGCUUGGGUAAAGUCUUGGUCUUGGAGUAGCAUGGCGGUCCAGCUGAAUAACUGUCAAUAAUACCAUAGUGAUGGGGAGUGAAGUGGGGCAUAGAAAAGCAAAGACCAAUGGGAGAAACUGGCGUCCUGUAACUGCCCUCAUUACAAUGGCACUGGCAUGCUCAACCUUUCUCUAUGUUACUUUCUUGGGUAUGAGCAAACUUUUCCCAGCAGCCUCUGCUAGAAUUCCAGUAGUAUUUUCUUGACCAAACUAGUUAAAUGUCCUUCCCCAAAGCAACUGGUGGCAAAGGAUUGGGACAAAUUUGCUUAAAACAAUAGUCAGAAUUUAGUCCUUGGAGAUGAAGAUAAAGCCAACAUCCCCAGAAGUGCGUGGCCAGUGCUGGGGAGUAGAAUAACAGAUAAGUUGGAUGUGUUUUUAUGGAAAUAAGGAAAGGGAAUAAACACAUGUGAGAGGAUGAGGUGGAAAUCAAGUCAUAAGGAAACACCUAAGUACCCUUGAAUAAAUCAACAAAAAUCCAAGUGAAUGAGGAAAGCUUAAGGAGUCGUAGUUAAAUGAGCAAGAGAGAAGUUUGGGAAGAAACCUAAAGUGAGAUCAGGGAGGGAUACUGAUUUUGGUACUGUGCAGCCAUAAAUACUUAAGGAAAAUAAGGUUCCUCUGUUUGCACUGGUCGCGCAAAGCCAUUUUCUUAGGCAAGUAUUUUUUUAGUGAGAUUUUGUUAGUUUAAUAAAUACAUGUAUAUUAUAGAAUUACUUUUGUUAAGACCAUUAUUUUUCCACAUUAAGAAAUAGUAACAACUAGAAAUUUUGAUUCAAUAUUUCAGAAAAAAAUGCUAUGACAAUAGAAGCUGACCUGGAAGGCAAUCAUAACUGGAUGCUAACAAGUAUGUUUGCUUGAUCUCUUGUCCAUCAGAUAACUUCUGACCUCACCUAGUUUCCCACACUGUGGAGGAAAUUGCCUACCAUCCUCUUACUGCUCCAACAGAAAAGCUUAAAGCAAUUCAAACCUUCACCACCAGAAGUGUUCCAAUUUGGACAAUAAAUUGCAUCAUGACAAUGCAUGAAAACUUUCUUUUGUCUCCUUUUCCAUUUGAAAAACCCUUGUUUAUUCUUUGAGAUCAUCUGUGCCAUGGUCACCUUUGUUGUACAGCAUCUUCAGAAAUAUUUGAGAUGACAUAUUGACGCUAUAAAGCUUCCUUAGACUGCUAGUCAUGGGUCUAUUUCCCCCUAUUUUACAAAAUAAAUUUAAAAUAAUAUAUGAGCUACAAUAUUACAAACCUAUAAAUUUCAUUAUCCCCAUAACAACGUAAAUGUGCAUGUAAACCCAAACACUCUUGGGUGCUGAUCUAACUAGAGUGGGAAGAUCACAUAUGCUCUAGUUCCUCAAAGUUCCAUAGCCUGUGACUACAUUUCUAAAAUGAUCAGUGUCUUCUCAGCAAGCACAUACUACCCAAACUCCAGGCUCUGCUUAAGGAGCUGAACCAGGACCUGGAUGUAAAAGGUUAGCUUUCCCAAGGAGGGCUAACACAGAACCUCACUGGUACUUUCCCAUUCCAAAACAACACCGAUUACUCUAGACACCAUCAAGUCAUUACACAUAAAUAAUCGCUACCAGAUAUCUUUUCCUAAAUACAACACACAUCAAAUGUAUAUGUUUAAAGGAAGGAGAGAAGAGACCAAAGCAAACUGAUUUCAACUGGGGUCCAAUUAGAUAAAGUCAAGAAACUCCAGCUAUUAAAACGAAAGAGGCAAAUUUGAUUGUAACAAUGUUUGUAUCAAACAAUAUCAUGGAUCAGUUUUACAUUGAAUCUUAAAAUUUUAUUUCUAUAUACACAGAAAAUAUUCCAAAAAACCUCUAAGAAUAAUAAAGGAGAAACAGGGAGGAGGCUUAGCCACUUUUCAGUUUGAUUUUACAGAAAAUUGUGCUGACACUAAGUUCUCUAGGAUGGAGAAGUCCCCACCUGUGUGGGAAAUCCUUCUGCAUAGGUUUUUUCAAUGUACAGAGAUAUAUUUCAGAUGGACAGUUAUUCUUCAAAUCUUCCAAAGACUAACAGAAUAUGGCAUUUAAAUGUUUUAAGAACUUAAGACUUUUCAUGACAAUGAGACACAUCUGCUCCUAGCAACACAGUCUACCUCAAGAGGAAGAUGUGCGUCGAGGAGGCUCCUUACGGAGUUUGCUAGCCAAGAAACUGCUCUGGCCUGGACUGCUUGAUACUACGCUGUAUGAACUGGACGUGCAGGACCCACAGAGAAUGACUGCUGAACUUACCAAAAGGUGAGACUGUUCUU